CAUUGGCGCAUCUUGGUGCCCUGGUGAUGACCCGAAAACCUGCCAGGCGGUUGCCCGGAUGGAUCCGAUUGGCAACGGCCGGGCUUGUGGUCAGCCUUCUAGGCUGUUCAGGUUGGAGCUUCCUAUCGAUCUUUCGUAGAGGCCGAGCGUGGGCGGCGGAGGGUGGGACCACCAGCACCGCUGCUGCACUCAAGGAGGAGUUGGUAAAGCGUUGCGAUGCCUUCAAAGCAAAGCAGGAGGAGAUGUGGGACUUCAUGGAAGAACACCCGGAAGAGGAGAAAAAAUCCAAGAAAUCCAAGAAGGACAAGGCUUCGCUACUGGAGGCUGAGAGCUUCGCGGCCCAACGAGUGGAGUUGAGCGAUGACUUGCAGCAGCUGCGUGAGAAGUGUAUCGAAGCAAUUGAAGAGCUGGGGGAGAUGAACCCCACCGCGAGGCCUACCAGUGGCUGGAGGGGCUAUGGAGGAGAAACGCCAGGCAACUGUGUGUUGAACGGCACCUGGAAACUCCUCUUCACCGACGCAGCGGACGCCACCUUUCGCCGGGGCAAGCGCGGUUCAGCCAAGACCUUCCAGGAAAUCGACGCGGAGCAGGGAUGGUUUAUCAACUGCGUGGAUUUCUCCAAUGAGAAGAGCAAGUUGCAGGGCUUCAGGGUCUUUGUGGAGGGCAGGGUGUUGAGUGACAAUGAGAUCGAGCUGAUCUUCAGGAAGGUGCGACUACUACGUCGAUCCAGGUUCUUUCCAGAGAUUACCAUCCCACUGCCAGGACCGGGUUUCCUGCGAGCUGUUGGGCGUCUCUUUGCAAGAUCAAAGGGUGGCAAGGUGAACGAAAGCAAUCGCGGAGCCGGCUUCAAGUUGCUGUAUGUUGAUGGGGACCUUCGAAUACACCGAACCUUUGAUGGCCUGUACUUCGUUCAGAGGCGUCUGCAGUGAGUCGGGGCACCGGAUGAAAAACCAUAGCUUUCAAUACUGAAAUGGUCAUUUUGCCUUGGAUGAUUUAUUGUUAUGAAACGAACGGAUGCAGAUCAACA